AUGGGGAUCCAGGGCAGAGGCGGUAUGAAGAUUGUUCUUCUCUACCUGACUGUUGUACCUCUUAAGGAGAUCUGCUUUGAUGGCAUGCUUGAUCUCUUUGAUCGUUGUUUCGGGUUCACCGACAAGGGAAAGAGUAAAGCCAGCCACCAGCCUGUCGGCAUGUACGGAAACGGCUUCAAGUCUGGCUCCAUGCGUUUGGGCCGCGACGCACUCAUCUUCACGAAGAACGGGGGUUGCGAGAGCGUGGGCAUGCUGUCUCAGACCUACUUGGACACCAUCAAGGCCCAGGCUGUCAUCGUCCCCAUCAUCCCCUUCAACCAGCAGAAUAAGUCUGUUGUGGUGACUGAAGAUUCAGAGGCCAGUCUGGCAGCGAUUCUCAAAUACUCCCUCCUCGCUUCUCUGGAACAGCUUCAUGGCCACUUCGACUCCAUCCCUUCCAAAAAAGGCACCAAGAUUGUCAUCUGGAACAUGCGCAGAACGAAGGAGGGCAACCCGGAGCUGGACUUUGACACAGACAUCCAUGACAUCGGAAUACCUGAGGUCCAUACUGAAGAGACGAAGAAAGCCCCGAGCAGCAGCAGAUCCGUGCGAGCUGAGCGGAACCUUCCAGAAAUGCGCUUCUCUCUCAGGGCCUAUCUCAGCAUCCUAUACCUGAAACCCACAAUUCAAAUUGUGCUCCGAGGGGAAAAGGUUCCUGCCGAGUUGGUGGUGGACAGUCUGACCCAUACUGAACACUACGUGUAUAACCCUCAAUUCACUAAAGAGAGGGUGAGGGUGACCUUUGGGCUGAAUCUCGAGGACAAUGACCACUGUGGCAUCAUGAUGUACCACAAGAACCGACUCAUCAAGUCCUAUGAGAAAGUGGGCUGCCAAAUCAAGGCUUCAGGUCAAAGGGGAGGUAUGGAGGUCAUGGGUGUGGUUGAGUGUAACUUUCUCAAACCUCACAACAAGCAGGAUUUUGAGUAUACCAACGAUUACAGAUUUGAGCUAGAGGUGGUGGACUGCAUCCUACAGAUGUUUAGCCAGUCGUCUUCCAUCAACUAUAUCAACAAAAGAAGAACAAUAUACCCGCUUAUCUAUUCAGAAAAGAAGCCACGACUCUGGGAGGAGACACAGACUGUCUUGGAGUGUGCGGCAGAAGUGCUGCACCUUGGGAAUGAAGCCAGUGAGCCCCAAACUGCAUCAUGGGAGAUGUGCAAGCAGGCAAGUACAGGCAGAGUAGAGAAGCUGGUUGAUGAUGUCCAAAAAAGCUCCAGGUUUACCUCAACUCAAUUCCUCCCCUCCACUCAGACCAUGAUGGCAUCACCUCUGAGUCAAACAGGGGGGCAGUGGAGCAGACCAUUGCCUCUGGAGGGGGUUGAUAGGGAGACGAUGAUGCCGAGGCUUUCCGGAAUAGAGAAGGAAGCUCAAAGGCUACGUAAGCUGCUAGCCAUGGAAGGGGAGAAGAUAACCCAGGGAAUGAUGACAACAGAUGCAACCAGCUCUGCCAUGGAAACAGAAAUGGUGGCCGUAGCAGCCAAAGAGUUCAGCUACCAAACAGAGGUGGGUCACCUGUAG